UCAAUAGAUCAAACAAAAGCAAGGAAGAAGAAAUAAUUAAUAAACGACUACACAUCGCUUAUUUAAUAUUAAAAUCCAAAAAAUCCCAUCCAUCGCUCUUUCAUUUCUCUCUCUUUCAUUUCCUCGUUCCCUUCUCCUUUAGGUUUGCAUUCUUAUUCUCACCCUCUAUUAUUUUAUACAUAUAAUAAAUAAAUUAUCAGUAUCUUUCUGGCUGGUGCUGAGUUUGUGUAGAAGAAUGCGUGAUUCGAAAAAGAUGGGGCUAAUUCACAAACGGAUGGGUUGAGAUUCAAAUGCCGUCGGUGUCCGAUUCAAAUGCAGGGAUCUGCUGGUGGUCUGAUGGCCUCCAGCUUGAGCAAGUCAGUACAAAAGAAGCUUGUCAUCAUAUGAUUUGUUUCCUGCGAACUAUUCCUAGAUUUAAAAUAUCUUUUAUGGGUUGAGAAGUAGGGGCGAAUAUGGUUUUGCAUUUUAAAUACUUAAGGACAUGGAAGAGACACGAGAUGAUGCUGGUCCCGAAGAGCAAGGGCAUUCUAAUGCAACAUGGUGGUCUUCAGAUUUUAUUGAAAAAUUUGGUUCUGUUUCUUUAGGUUCUCAUGAAGAGAGUUCAAGUAAUAGGGAAUCGCCUAGAACUUUUGAGCAAGAUGGAUUGUCAUCUCAGACAGCAUCACAGAUUUUGUGGAGCUCUGGAGUGCUUUCUGAACCAAUUCCAAACGGCUUCUAUUCUGUCAUUCCGGAUAAAAGACUUAAGGAGCAUUUUGACACUAUUCCUACAUUGGAAGAGCUUCAGGCAUUGGGUGGAGAAGGUUAUAGAGCUGAUAUUAUUCUUGUGGAUACUGAGAAAGAUAAAAAGCUAUCCAUGCUGAAGCAGUUGAUUGUGGCACUGGUUAAAGGAUUGAAUUCAAAUCCAGCUGCAAUGAUUAAAAAGAUCGCCGGACUGGUUUCUGAUUUUUAUAAACGUACCACUGUGGAGAGUCCAGCAAAAGCUGUACUAGAUGAAACCUCCCACAUGCUUGAAAAUCAAGGUGUCCAGUUGCUGGGGCAAAUAAAACAUGGUUUGUGUCGCCCACGAGCCAUUUUGUUUAAAGUUUUAGCAGAUACUGUAGGGCUUGAAAGUAAGCUCAUGAUGGGUUUGCCAAAUGAUGGGGUUAUUGAGUGCGCAGAUUCUUAUAAACACAUGUCUGUGAUAGUUGUGUUAAAUUCUGUGGAGCUAUUAGUUGAUCUUAUGCGGUUUCCGGGUCAGUUGAUACCUAGAUCAACAAAGGCUAUUUUUAUGACCCAUAUUUCAGCAGCAGGGGAGAGUGAUUCUGCUGAAAAUGAUUCCUGUGAUUCACCAUUGGAGCCAAAUAGUCCUCUCUAUGGACUUUCUGAGAAAGUUGAGCCUGACAGUCUGUCACAUAGUGAACCGAACAUUGCUACUACUUUCUGGCGUCGAAGCCGAAGAAAGGUUAUUGCUGAACAGCGGACCGCCAGUUCCAGUCCAGAGCAUCCAUCUUUUCGAGCACGUGCAAGGUCCAAGCUAAGCGGCGAUAGGAAUUCACAUAGAGAUUUUGGUGAUGAUAUUGCUGCAUCAAGAUCUAGCUAUAGAUCAGAUGGUGCAUCAACAUCUGAAGCUCGUAGAAUAAGAAGAAGAAGCAUUAGCAUGACUCCGGAGAUCAGUGAUGAUAUCGUAAGGGCUGUAAGAGCUAUGAAUGAAACCUUGAAGCAAAAUCGUCUUUUGCAAGAGCGCAAGGAAGAUAGAUCUUUUUCCCAUUCUUCAACUGAUAGGAGUCCAGAUCUUCAGGAAAAUGCAUCAAACUUCCAUCUUGAUGGCCACAAUAAAAUUGCUGGCGGGAGCUCUGCAUUGUAUAACCUUUCUAGGGACGAAAUAGAUUCUCAAAGAGCUAUAUCACUGCCAUCAUCUCCGCAUGGCUAUAGGAGUCGAACUUCAGAGAGAAUUGGAGUUUCAGGCUAUGUAGCGAAUGAUGAAAUGGUAGCAACAUGGAAUAAAAUUCUUGAAUCUCCGAUGUUCAACAAUAACCCUUUAUUACCUUACACUGAAUGGAAUAUUGAUUUCUCCGAAUUAACUGUCGGAACUCGUGUUGGGAUAGGGUUUUUUGGAGAAGUCUUUCGGGGUGUAUGGAAUGGAACAGAUGUUGCAAUCAAGGUGUUUUUGGAGCAAGAUCUUACUGCAGAAAACAUGGAAGAUUUCUGCAAUGAGAUAUCCAUUCUUAGCCGACUUCGACAUCCCAAUGUUAUCUUGUUUCUGGGUGCAUGCACAAAGCCACCACAGUUGUCGAUGAUUACUGAAUACAUGGAGAUAGGAUCGUUGUACUUUUUGAUCCAUCUGAGUGGUCAGAAAAAACGAUUGAGCUGGCGGAGGAGACUGAAAAUGUUGCGUGAUAUCUGCAGGGGGUUGAUGUGUAUGCAUCGGAUGAAAAUUGUUCAUCGUGAUCUGAAAAGUGCAAAUUGCCUUGUGAAUAAGCACUGGACUGUUAAGAUAUGUGAUUUUGGUCUGUCCAGAAUAAUGACCAGCCGACCUAUGAGAGACUCCGCAUCUGCUGGAACGCCUGAAUGGAUGGCUCCUGAGCUCAUUCGAAAUGAACCUUUCACUGAAAAAUGUGAUAUUUUUAGCCUUGGAGUGAUAAUGUGGGAACUUUGUACUUUAAAUAGGCCAUGGGAAGGUGUACCACCAGAAAGGGUAGUUUAUGCUGUUGCAAACGAAGGAUCACGGUUGGAGAUUCCCGAAGGUCCACUAGGCAGGCUAAUUUCAGAUUGUUGGGCAGAACCGGAAGAGCGGCCGAGUUGUGGGGAAAUACUAUCGCGCUUGCUCGAUUGCGAGUACUCUCUCUGCUGAUACCAUUACCAUUCUGUUUGUAUAGAAAACCUGGUAGAGGUGUUAACAGUGUUGUCGGCUUUUCUGGUUGUAUUAUACUUUUUUCUUUUUGUUCUUUCUAUAAUUUUCCCGGUCAUUCUAAAAACAAGAUUUUCUUUUAGAGUUUUUCAUUCUCAUGUGGUGUGGUAAAAAAAGAAGAGGAAAGUCAAAAACUUUGUAAUUUACAUCUUCUCCUGCCGGUAGAGAGGGUUGGCAGUAUACAAAGAUGAAAUCCAGACCAGCUAUGAAUCUCUGCCAUUUUCUUAUAAUUAGUUUUUGUUUGUUUGGGUA